GAUGGAAUGUUUGAUUUCUCUAGAAUGUCAGAAUGUUAGCUAAAAACAUUAGUUUGCGCCAACCCAAGCACGAACACCUUUGCGAAUUAGCUACAAUUACUCAUCUUUAUUUUUAGUUAUUGUCAAAAGUCCAUCUAUCAUUUCCUCAAAUAAUUAAUGGAUUUUAGCAAUAAAAACCCGAGUGCCUCUUCUACAUCUGCACAGAUGUUCAGUUCGAGUACUGAAUACCUGCAGACUGUAGAGCGCUGCUGGGACAAGAGUUACUACAAUGAGCAGAAGAAGCUGAUGAAGCAGUUUCUGGUGCUCCAGAGACAAGGCGUCCAGAGUCAUGUCCCUCACCACACCACUGUGGAGGACAUGAGCAACUGGCUUGUUAAGAACAAGACCCUGGAGCAAAACCCUGAGGUCUGCGAUGAGGUUGUAAGAGCUCUAAAGAGCAUUUCCCGGAGCCUGGCCUUCCAGCCGUACUCCAAGCUGUGCUGUCCCUCUAAGGUGGUGGUGGACAUCGUGCCCAGGCUGCUCCAGGCCCUCUGGUCCCGCCAGAUGGAAGGCCCCUGUGACAUGUCCUCCAUGGCCCUGAGCAACAUGAGUGUCACCAAAGUGCUGGCAGUAGUGGAUAACCUCUCUGGAGUUCUGAAGGCCCUUCCUGUCGCUCAGGUCUACUACUCACGUUCCACUGGUGUCAGGAUGGUCCACUCACUCAACCGUAAGAUCCAGUUCCUAAGCAGCCCUGAGGACCUUAGGAGGACUCUUUUAAUCCAAAGUUCCACCCUGAUCAGCACCAUCAUUGAAGCUGUGAGCACGAAAGUCCAGAGGAUGUUUGAAGCUCCUGCUGACUACAUUCCAUUAAGCUCUAUCCGCAGCUGGCUAUCAGAGCCAAAGGCGAGCGAGGUUCGUCCAAAGUGCUCUGACCAGCUGGUAAUCUCCUCGGAGCUCCUGAGGACCAUCAUUGGUCUGAUAGUUUAUGUAGUCUUCGAAGGCCACCUAGAGGAAGACAUCAACCUUCAUUACUGGCCCCUCAUAAAUGACAUAAUCCACCAGCUGUCACUGUGUGGGGUCAAAGUCACAAAGAGAGCGAGCAAGGCUAACUGGCAUCUUGGCUGGGACCAGAUCCUUGAGAUGGUGACAAACAUCCAUACCCAUCUUCACCACUACACUGGCACAGAGCUGGUACUUAGGUUUGCAACAUCUGCCAGGGCCACCAUGCUAACGAGGCACAUGGUUCACCAUGUGGUCGAGGAGCUGGUAAAGCUGAAGGACUUGGAUGAAGGGACAACAGCUUCAGGGAGCAGUGAGUCUGUGGACGUGAACCUGGCAAUCACCGACCACUUUGUCCCUAUCCUUGUCAAAGCGGUGGACUGGCUUCAACCCCUGGCCACUACCCCAGCGGUGGACAUAGCAGCACCCCUAAUCACUAACUCAGUCAAAGUGGACAACAUCACAACAACCCUGACCACUACACCAGUUGACCUCCAGUCAGGGGAUGUUGUGGUCAAACACCCAGCACCCUGCAUUCCAACUGCAGGCUUUGCCACGGCACCAUGCAUACUACCCCCAGGCUUUGCCCCGGCACCAUGCACCCCACCACCAAGCUUUGCUCUUGCAUCCUGCACCCCACCACCAGGCUUUUCCCCAGCAUCCUGCCCCCCACCACCAGGCUUUUUCCCGGCAUCCUGCCCCCCACCACCAGGCUUUGCCCCAGCACCCUGCAUUCCACCCCCAGGCUUUGCCCCGGCACCCUGCACCCCACCACCAGGCUUUGCCCCAGCACCCUGCAUUCCACCCCCAGGCUUUGCCUCGGCAUCCUGCACCCCACCACCAGGCUUUGCUCUUGCAUCCUUCCCCCCACCACCAGUCCCUCCCCCGUCCAUCCUGAGACACAUUGUCCUCCGGUUCUUGGAGAAGUCAGGCUGUGCUCCGGCACACUGCACCCCACCACCAGGCUUUGCCCCGGCACCCUGCACCCCACCACCAGGCUUUGCCCCAGCACCCUGCAUUCCACCCCCAGGCUUUGCCUCGGCAUCCUGCACCCCACCACCAGGCUUUGCCCCGGCACCCUGCACCCCACCACCAGGCUUUGCCCCAGCACCCUGCUUUGCCCCAGCACCCUGCAUUCCACCCCCAGGCUUUGCCUCGGCACCCUGCACCCCACCACCAGGCUUUGCCCCAGCACCCUGCAUUCCACCCCCAGGCUUUGCCUCGGCAUCCUGCACCCCACCACCAGGCUUUUCCCCAGCAACCUGCACUCUGUCGCCAUGCUUUGCAGCUAAUGCCAUGCCAGGCUUUGGCACGAAAGUCAUCCUGAAACUAAUGGUCCAGCUAUUCCUGGAGAGGCUCCCUCCUGCAUCAGAGGACCUUGUGUCAGAGUGCCUCACUGUCGCCGAUCGUAUCUGCACGCUGUUUCAAAGCAUCACCGCCAGAUUCCGCAACACCAUUAAUGAGGACCUGGAGAAAUGUACAGACUCUGACAGUAAGCAGUACUGGGCUUACACCUUCUACUGGGAGUACAUGAAGAGGUACCCAUCAUCCCAGUGCCUGGGGAUUGAAGCCUUCACAUGUGAUGAGGAGAGAUGUUUAGUGGUGGCCAACUUGUUUGCAAAGAAAAUGUACCCCAAGAUGUUCCUCUCAGCAGAAGACUUCGACACGGCUGAAGAUUCAGGGAGCAAUGGAUCUGUGGACAUGAACCUGGCAAUCUCCGACGAAUUUGUCCCUAACCCUGUCAAGGUGUUGGAGGUGCUUCGACCCCUGUCACUGCCAGACAUCAAAGAGCCCUUGACCACUAUCCAUGACAAAGUGGUGGACAACACAACAACAACCCUGGUUGCUGCCCCAGUUAAGGUGGACAACAUCACAACACCCCUGGCCCUGACCAUUAACCCAGUCAACCUCAAGGUUACGGAUGAACCAGUUGACCUCCAGUCAGAAGAUGUUGUGGUCAUCAAACCAAAGAAAAGCAGAGUCAUGAGAUUCUUCCGUCGACUUUUCUGCUGCAUGUCCAAAGAUGAUUUCAAGGUGUGAACCUGACCAGCUUUUCAGCUGAUGACUUCAGAUCACACACACACAUUUACAUUACAUUUACAUUUUAUCCAGAGCGACUUACAGUUAGUGCAUACAUUUUCAUACU